UUGGUUUCAGUCCAUUUCUGUCUGCCUUUUGUUCCCCUGCGGGAUGCCUGAGUGCCUGGGUGCCUGAAUGAUGCAGUGAUCCCCUGGAUAUGCUCCGCCUGGUCGAUGUCUACGGGCUUGUUUGAUUGCUGCUGUGAACCGGGCCCUCGCUGUUCUUCUGCUUGCACCUCCGCUCUCUUCCCCUUGGCACUGGUGGGCCAGUUUCUUCCCAAUAUAUACUGAUUGGCCGGGAUGCAGUGUCCGAACGAACACCCCCAGUGCUCCCAUUGCACCAGCGACAAUAUAAUAUGCCAAUACCUCUCCUCGUCCACUUUCGCCUGGCCGAGGGUCAAGUCUCGCUCCACCACCCCGACCAUUCCCCCGUCCCGCACAGCGUCGCCAUCCCACGUAAAUUCUAGGGUCUUCGCAGAGUAUCGAGUCGUCAUGGAUCCCGUCGCUUCCUCGAGCCCCGCGGACGAGCUCAACAUCCAGGACCUGGAAUUGAUGAUGCAAUGGUGUACCACGACCUACCGGUCUGUCUCGCGGAAUAGCUCAGUGGAGGGGAUCUGGCAGGGCGUGGUUCCGCGGGAAGCUAUGCGCCACCCAUUCUUGAUGCACGGUAUCUUGGCCCUCUCCGCCCUGGAUCUGGGCUUCAGCUCUCCUCCCGGCCCUCCGAAAGACUACUACACCCGAACCGCCCAGACCCAUCAGUCCCGCGCCGUGACCGGUCUCAGUAAGGUCGCGGGAAACCUCGACAAAUCGAACUGCAACGCCGCAUUUGCGCUUUCCAGCAUCAUGGUUGUUUUCUCCUUUGCCUUCCCUCGAACGACGAACAAGCGCGGGGAUGUAUUGGACGAGCUUCUGGAGAUAUUCCGGUUCACGCGCGGGUCGGUGGAUGUACAAGGAGGGAUCAUCGAAUGGGUAGCAGCUGGGGAGUUCAGUCCGCUGCUCGAGUACGACAAUUCGCAGCCAACAAUGCCCGAUACAUCGCGAUUGGCGAUCAUGUCGCUGACGCGAAUGAAUGCGAGCCUGGCGAGCAGCGACCCCGCGCACGAGAAGGACACGUAUGAUACCACGAUCCGGUACCUGAGCUACUCGCUGGACAAGCUUGCUCGGGGCGGCGAGACGAUGAUCAUUGCGUUUCAGUGGAUCUUCCAGAUUCCGCCGCGAUACAUGGAAUUGCUCCGAGAGAGGCAGCCAUUUGCGAUGGCGAUUCUGGCACAUUACGCGGUGAUUAUCCACUCGCUGCGAGGGCAUUGGUGGAUGGGCGAGUGGGGGGCGCGACUGAUCCGGGAGAUCGGCCAGCACCUGGGUGCCGACUGGCGAGACUCUAUCAGCUGGGUGGUAGACGCGACGGGCUGCUAUAUUCCUCCGGUCUGAGACGGCGCGGAAUCAUUUGCUCUUCACCAAUUUUUGGAGCAAUGAUGCACACAGAAGCACAUGGCGAUCGUUGUGGCCAUUCUUGAAACGGGUGCAGCGCGUCCACUGCCAGUGGGAUCAUGGCCACGGCAGGCGACCCCCGCCGCCACGACACGAGUCACCGUGAAACUCACCGUCAAGGAAUAGAGCCGUGCGAUCGGCUGCCAUAAGAAACGACUAACGAGGGUCUGGACGUCUGGGGAGGCCGACCGGGGCAAGCGCUAGGGGUGAACACAACGAAGACGGUGAGCUAGAAAGGACCAGUUCGGAUUAUCGAUCGCCAAUCCGCCGCGAGACGAGGUGCUGGCCAUCUGACCGACGGACUGGCCUGAUCGAUAGGUCCCAGUGACCAUGCAGCUUGGCAUGAAGAUACCUGGCACGAGCAGUAGUUAUAGUACCGCCAACAUAAAUU